AUAGUGUAAAAUUGGACUGUAGCAAGACCGCAGCUUAGGUUAGGUUAUGUUACUCGAGCGUUGGAGUAACUGUGAGAAUUUCUUAUCUUUUAUAAAAGAAAAUUAAUUUAUUCUAUUUAUUGUGAACUGUAUUCAGAUAAACGCACGUGCGUAUUAUAGUUGCAAUUUGGCAAACGACUAGCUUGCAGAUAUGGACGACAAACUUCGACAAAUGGAAGAUGAGAUGAACAGAUUUGAAGCUGAAAUUGGAGGACAGCUUGUAACACCAAUUGUAAGACCAGUAAUCGGUGCAAAUACAUACAACCAGGUUGCUAGGCAAUUAGAGCAACAUGAACUUCCUACCCCAGUAGUUGCAGCAGCUGCGGCAGCGACACUAGCGUUUCCUCCGAUGAUUGGCUUUGCACCACCACCGCCACCUCCUCCUCCUCCUCCACCACCACCAAUGCUGAUUCCUCAGCAAGUAGCUCGACAAGGUACAGUUCCUAUCACAACAUAUUCGUCGCCCGCACAAAUAAGCAAUCCAUAUAUGUCAAAUAUGGUGGAUCCAUGUUUAAGUGCAACACCAAAAACAUACGAUUCUUCAUCAGCGCCAAUGAUUCAUCCAGAAAUUAUCGAACAGAUUAUCAACACAAAAAUUCCUGAAGACGAAGGUAAAAAAAAACCAAAAGUUAAGGGUGUCAGCACAGCGGCUGAACUAGCUAUUAGUCAAGGAAAAGCAAGUUCCAUUAUGGCUAACGCUAGUGCAGAGGAGAGUCAUCCCAAAGGUAAAGGAAAGAAAAAUAAGAAGAUUAUAAGAACAGCCGGUGGACAAACGUGGGAAGAUCCUUCAUUGUUAGAAUGGGACGAAGAUGAUUUCAGAAUAUUUUGCGGAGAUCUUGGAAACGAUGUCACUGACGAAAUGUUAGUAAGAGUAUUUGGAAAAUAUCCCAGUUUUCAAAAAGCGAAGGUGGUCAGAGACAAACGUACAAAUAAAACCAAAGGUUUUGGAUUUGUAUCCUUUAAGGAUCCACAAGAUUUCAUCAAGGCAAUGAAGGAAAUGAAUGGAUCGCUGUCUUCCUUGGGUAUGUUGUUAUCAUAUAUUUCUGACAUCGGUAACCAUCCCCAGCAUUGCCCAUUGGAAGAGCAUGUUGUCUUGAUCACAGGUGCAAAAAUAUUUCGAUUCCAAGUAUUCUUUGCAUCUAAUAACGGUGCUGUAUAACCAGUCAUUGCCCACAAUAUAUUCAAUAUCAAUACUAGGAGCAUUCUAGAAAGAGCCUUCAUCCUAAUUUUUUAUCCGUAAAAUGUAGGCGCCUCGUCAGAUUAAUUUUCAGUUAUCGUCGUAAUAUUACUGCUAACAAAACGUCGUUUGCACAGCCUCGUUUUCUU